AAAUUUUCCGUUCACAUCAAAUAGUAAAGAAGAGAACUUUUUUAUUUCAAAAUGAAGUCUUUCAUUGUUUUUGUUUUUGUGUGCUGUAUUAUUGGUUUAUCAGAGUCGCUUUCGAAAGAACAAAGAGUGGAAAUGUUUUUGAAGAUGGCAAACGAAUGUGCUAAAAAGGAAGGCGCAACAAGUGCCGAUGUUGAUGAAUUGGCUGCACACAAAGCAGCGAGUGGAAAAGGUGGAAAGUGUAUUCGAGCAUGCAUAGCUGAAAAUGUUGGAAUCAUGAAAAACAAUCAAGUUGAUGUCGAAGGCACUGUCAACGUGGCUACAAUGGCUUUUGAAGGAGAUGCCAACAAAGUACAAACCGCUCGGGAUUUGGCCAGCGCAUGUGUUAGCGAAACCGAUUCAGAUCGCUGCGAAGCUGCUGCUAAAAUCUUUGCCUGUGGUCGUAGUGUUGCAAAAGACCGCGGUCUCUCGUUCGAUGAUUUGUAAAUAUGAAAAUUAUAGUAGCAAAUGCACAUCAAAAAUGAUUUGA